AAAUGAAAGCAUCCGUGCACGGACACCGGGUUUAAACCCAAGCAUGUGCUUCAGCGUCGCCUGCUCACGACACCGGUGAGUCCGGCGGAGUUCGGACCGGGCCGGUGAUUUGGUGCAAUGCGAACACUUAAAUCGCUCGCUGUGCGCGCUGUCAGCCAGAUAGGCGGGAGCGGCAGCCUCCCACUCCCCCUAUUGCUAUAACAACCGCGGGGCGGUCGGUCGGUCGGUCGCUCGUCGGUGUGACUCCGUGGCACAGCGGCUCCGAUGCGCCUGCCAAGUAGCCCGACUUCAGCUCGCAACGGCGGCGUUUGACGCGGACUGAGUCCUGCCCGGGCAGAAGGAGGAGGAGGACGACGAAGAGGAGGAGGAGGAGGAGAGCCGGUGACUCCCCGCCACAGUGAGCCGAACAGCGGGGAAGCUCGGGCUCGAGAGCCGCUACGUCAAAGUGAUUAGUCGAAUAAGCUGUCGGGGUCGGACGCAGCAGCCGUCCGUGGGCUCGCCUGGCCGCGUGCAUGAGCUGAGGACGCUGAGGUCUGCGCUGACGAGCCGCCACGAGACCUUGGCGAAAGGCACAAGUGCGCUACUUUCUUUUGCUCUUCUUCUUCUUCUUCUUCUUCUUUGGUUGGGUGAGACGGCUGGAAUCCUCCAGCGGCGUCUCUUCCCCCCUCCCCGGUGCGACAUGGCGAAAGAAAACGGCGAGUCCAGCGAUGGAUCCUGGAAAAAGCAUGUCGACGAUAUCAAGAAAAUAUUUGACUUCAAGGAAGUCCUUGGCACGGGCGCCUUUUCCGAGGUGGUGAUGGCCCGGGAGAAGUCCGCGGGGAAGAUGGUGGCGAUCAAGUGCAUCCCAAAGAAGGCUCUGAAAGGGAAGGAGAUGAGCAUCGAGAACGAAAUCGCUGUGCUGAGGAGGAUAAAGCAUGAGAACAUUGUGGCUCUGGAGGACAUCUACGAGAGCUCCAACCACCUGUACCUCAUCAUGCAGCUGGUGUCUGGGGGGGAGCUGUUCGACCGGAUCGUGGAGAAGGGCUUCUACACGGAGAUGGACGCCAGCCGGCUCAUUCGGCAGGUUUUGGAUGCAGUCAACUAUCUCCACUCCAUGGGCAUAGUGCACCGAGACCUAAAGCCUGAGAACCUGCUGUACUUCAGCCCCGACGAUGAGUCAAAGAUCAUGAUCAGCGACUUCGGCCUUUCAAAGAUGGAGGGGACGGGUGACGUGAUGGCCACGGCCUGUGGGACCCCGGGAUACGUGGCUCCUGAGGUUUUGGCCCAGAAGCCCUACAGUAAAGCUGUGGACUGCUGGUCUAUCGGCGUCAUCGCCUACAUCCUACUGUGCGGUUACCCUCCCUUCUACGACGAGAACGACUCCAAGCUCUUCGAGCAGAUUCUCAAGGCCGACUACGAGUUCGACGCGCCGUACUGGGACGACAUCUCGGACUCGGCCAAAGACUUCAUCAGCUCCCUAAUGGAGAAGGACCCGGAGAAGAGAUUCACAUGUGACCAGGCUCUUCAGCACCCCUGGAUCGCCGGCGACACGGCCCUCUGCAAGAACAUCCACGAAUCCGUCAGCCGGCAGAUGAGGAAGAACUUCGCCAAGAGCAAAUGGAGGCAAGCGUUCAACGCCACGGCCGUGAUCCGCCACAUGAGGCGCCUCCAGCUGGGCUCCAGCUUCGGCAGCAGCGUCCACGGCGGCGGCUCCGUGUCCAGCCCCCAGAGCCGGGCUCCGGCCAAGAGCCAGUCCGUGGACUGUGCCCCGCUGUCCCUGGCGGACGGUCCUCCGAUAGCCCCCCUGCCCCCUGCUGUCAAAGCCUACAACCGGGACUCCGACGCCCCCUCUCCCGUCCGCGAGGAGCCGGCGGUGUCGGCGGCGGCGGCGGAGGCGUCGCGGCCGCGGCCCUCCACCGUCACGGUCAUCCACACGGGGACUAAAUGACGCCAGGUUCCGCGGGAGGUGAGCUGGGAGACCACGGAGCUGUGAGACAGGCCUCGUGAGUCCACGCCGUUGCCCAGCUCGCCCAUCCCGCCGCCGCCUCCCGCCCGAUUCCGCCAGCCGCGGGAGGAAUUUGAGGGGCGCCGCCCCUCCCACUGUCACACAGACCUGGACGCUCAGAGGGGCAGAGGCUCCGCAGGCGCCACGUUCAGGCUGCGCCGCGGCCCUCCGGCAGACGAACAGGCCGCUGCUGCGGGGGACGCGCCUCGCUGAGUGGAGACCUCCGCUUGAGGCCGCUCCUCGGAGACGGGACGCCCCCCUCUGUGCCGUGUGUAAAUAACCCGCCCGGAGCCGCUGAGUCAAGUCGUGUAACGCAAGUGAAACAUAAGCUUCAAGCCGUGGUGAAUCGUCGUGACGUCGUCUGCACCCUGAACUCCUCGUCGUCGUGGCAACUCGUCAAUUUUCAGUGACAACAACGUGUGUAAUCGCUUUACUUUGAAGUGGCCGCGGAACGCGAGCAGGAUUGUGUGCUUUUGGGCCCGACGCACUGGAUUAUUUAUUUUCCUACAAUAUCCUCUAACUUUUGUAAGGUCGUGGAAGCGUGUAAAUGCGUUGGGACACAGGACGUGCUGUAGUAGCUGUGACUUGAGUGACUGUGAAGUCCUCCUCCACCACAGGAGGGCACCCCCGUGUUGUGGCUUCACGACCAGUUCUCAGGGAUGUGCUCCAGCGUGACGCUAACCGGACCGAGCCUGGCUGCUGGUGAUGGGGACGGUGAAAAUACCGGGAAGCUGCAGAUGCUUAUUAUUCUGAUGAGCCAUUGGGAGACGUGAGCGCGAUUUUCAUUCCUCAGAUUCUUCACAUGCGUUGUGACGGGAUUGUCUUCACUUUUUAAAAACCUUGAAUUGCGGAUCUGAAUUAAAGCAGAUGUGUCCAUUAGUGGAGUGUGUGUGUGAGUGAGUGUGUGUGUGUGGGGAACGUGCACCGUUGCAGCUCAGUCGCUGGUCUGCAGACGACUCGCUCACUGUGAGUGUGGAAUCACUGUGCUUUUCAUGGAAGCCUGUUGAAUUUCGCAGGAAGGCUCGUUCUCCUUCCUGCCUCCUCUGAAGACUUUCACACAGAGGAGAGACCGGUCCUUGAAUGAGGCACAUUGUAGAUUCCUCAACAUGAAUUAGAGGAAAAGGCACUCAACAUCACAGGGUUUGAAUUAUCUAAAAUGUUGUGGUGAAUAUUGACACGUGGACUUUAAGCCUGUUUACUGUAAAUACAAAUCUCAACAACACAGGUUGUGGGCUUUUCUUUUUUGUCUUCCCUAUUUCUUUGUCUCCCCCCAAAAGAAAGUGCAAAAAAAGAAGAAAUCAACAACUGUGAAGUGUUUAAUCCCACAAGUAUGCAUGUAUCACACUGUUGUAGAGGUUUCUGUAUUAAAGAGAGCCUUGUUCGCUCGUGUCGUUGCUUCUCUGACACAUUAUGAAGUACAAGUCUGUAAUAGAAAUGGCUUCACUCCUCCAGCGAGUGUGUGGGUACGUGUGCAUCAAUAUUAAACGUUUACCAUUUGAAAAACAA